CUCCUCUCUCCUUGCAUCCCUGCAUCCCUCCCUCCCUCUCUCCCUCUCGGCAGUGCAUCCCCAUCCCCCACACGGUGACCGUCUCUUCGUGUGAAAGCUGUCUACCCACUAGCCCGAUAAAACGCUGCUGUAGCAGAGUCUUUCUGCAACGAUCGGAGGCAGGGCAGAUACGGGAGAAAGCACGUACACAUACGGGAGUCUGUUUUUUUGUUCGACCGAGCGGCUUUGAUUUGCAUAUCCACUUCCACUUCUUCCUCAUUUGCAUACAGCAAGAAUGGCGAGCGGGCAUCCCACAGACAAAUUCAGUUUCAUGUAUCAACCAGACACGCACAAGAGUAAGAACAGGUUAUCUUCAGCUAUGAAUCCAGUCUACAGCCCCGUUCAGCCUGGCACCCCAUAUGGAAAUGCCAAGAAUGUGACCUUUACAGGCUAUCCAGGAGGGUAUCCUGCCACGGCUCCCACCUAUACACCCAACCUCUAUCAAACAGGCAGUCCUGGGUAUCCACCUGGAUACACUCCAGCCGGCACCCCAUACAAAGUGCCCCCUACUCAGUCAAAUGGAGCACCUCCUCCCUACACCCCCACUCCCACCCCGUACCCAACAGCCAUGUACCCCAUCCGCAGUGCCUACCCUCAGCAGAAUUUAUACGCACAGACUCACCAACUGUACUGUGUUGGUCAGGGAGCAUACUAUACCCAGCCAGUGUAUGCGGCUCAGCCACAUGUGAUCCAUCACACCACUGUGGUGCAGCCCAACAGCAUCCCCUCCACAGCCCUCUACCCGGCCCCAGUCCCUGUACCUACUCCUCGCAACAACGGCAUGGCUGCCAUGGGGAUGGUUGCUGGGACAACCAUGGCCAUGAGCGCAGGGACUCUGCUGACAACGCCCCAGCACCCCCCGAUCGGAGCACACCCAGUUACUGUGCCAACCUACAGGCCCCAGGGGACACCUGGGUACAGCUACGUACCACCUCAUUGGUAGAGCCCACCCAUCAUAUCUGGAGUCCACCAUCGUAUGCAACUGCUCAAAUCUUACACGGGCUCCCACUGGUAACCAUGGGAGCCUGGCACCUGUCUGCAAGAACAAAACUAAAGUGCAACAGCCACUUUAAUAUUAUUGUUAUUGUUAUUAUGCGACAUUCUUUAACAUUUUUACAAAAGCUGCUUUUAAUUUUUAUUAUUUUCUGUUCAUUUGCCAACCAGUCAUUACUUUUUGUGUGGGGUUGUUUUAUUUUACUUUCUCUCCUUUUUUUUUUUUUUUUCUUCUUCUUCUUCUUUGCUGUGUCUGUCAUUGGAACUCCAGAAGGACUCUUGACCAAUCAUGGGUGUCGGCCGCUCCUGUUUCUGUGUUGUGCUGGUGUGUGUGUGGUCCUGCCUACUGCUGCUCAGUUGGCUGGAAAAUAUUGGGCACUUACUCCUCAUUAUCAUCUCCAUCAGUCAUUACAAAGACUUAUUGUUUAUGCUGCCAAAUUUUCACAAAACCACAAAAUAUCAGCACAGGGUUUUAACAUAAUUAGGGUUUUUGUUUUUAAGGUUAUUUAAUGUCUGUCCUUUUACCUCACUCAACGGAAUGACAUUUUCCUCUCCACUUAUUUGCUACCUUUGUUCUUCCUUCCUGUUCAUCCUUUUAAUCUACUUUGCUUUCAGUCAAAUUUCAGUCGUCUUCCAAUGCCUAGCUGUCCGGAAGUAGUCAGUCCAUCGUUGCUGUUUGUCCUAACAUCUGCAUGUGAGUGCCGUGUCGUUUUGGGCAGAGCACUUGCCAACAAUCACCCAUCCCGCUGCGUGCCCCACUGUGUCCACAUUAGCAUAACACCUAGCGCACACUAAGAAAACAUAACCUACAUGCUACAUACUAUGCAGGCUAGUAUGUUGUGACAAUAUUGAAAUCUUUAACCUAGCUAGAGAACAUUUUGGGGUUGUUUGGGUCAUGCCAGCUUUUGUAUGUGGUUAGCAUACAGUAGGUCAAAAUAGAAAAUUUAAAAAUAUUUAUACUAACGGUGUCAUCAGCAUGGGUGGUUGUGCACACUUUCUCACAUGUACACACAGGGGCUCCUGCGGUGUGUUGGAAACAUAUGAUCACUUAGUGGCACUUACUGUACAGUACUUCCAGUUACAUUGUUACUUAUCAACACACACACAGACACACACACACACACACGACAUGGGUUUUUAGGGGGCUGCGCGGCAGACACAGCCAGCGGAGAGGGAGUUUAAAGGGAUUGUGUUGGCAUGAGGAGAGCAGACAACAAGGGAAGAGGAGGAGCAGACAUAUUUGCAGUCAGUCUCUUCAUUUCAAGGUACAAGACAGUUAAGUUUGUGACAUCUCACCUGCAAGAGACUGCUCAAACACGCUGCUUCUUUGCACUACAUGUAUUGUACAUUGAUUUCUCACUGUGAGUAUAUCAUCUCCUCCUCUUUCCUCCUUCCAGGCGAGGACUAACAAGCAAACACUCAAACCCAGACUGAGUGUACAGUUAAUAACAGACCAGUCAAAUAAAUGUGCUGAUGGAUAGAUGAACGCUGAAAAGACAUUUGGGUUGCAAUUUUAACUUUGCUGGUGUUCCAAUGUGCACACAAGCACAAAACCUGACUGAUUUAAAAAAAAAAAAAAAAAAAAAAAAUGUUUUAUGCAUUCAUGGCACGAGUGUAGAGCUGUGACAAUGCAGUGUUGCUCAGUCACUUAGCUUUAAACCUGUUCAGUUCUUCUGGGACUUGGGAAAAGUGCAGCAUUGACCUCCUGGGGCCAAUUUGAGACUUUGACUUGUACCAGUGUUAUGACAAAAGAAUCAUCCAUUUGUUUGCUGUGAUUAUUUUUGUAAGCGGCAGAGGUUUACACACGUGCAUUUAAACAUUAUUGUCCAUUUUUAAAAAUCUGGCAUAAAGGUUUUAAGAACAUUGUCUUUAGAUGUGGAUGCUAUUUGAGCCAAUGAGACAUGGAUCAUAUACAGCUUUGUUUAUUGUGCUUUGUUUGUACAUACCAAGGUAUUUAGAUGCACCGUAUGAUGAUCCAUCUUAAUGAAACUCAUUCUUUGAGUCUGAGUCUUUGUCUAUUGGUCCUUGGCUGGAGAAAACGGGGGUUGUGGUGUGGCGGUGAUGGGGUUUAAUAUUUAGGUGAGGCCUGUGGUGUGUGGGUUUUUUUUUUUUUUUUUUUUUUUUUUCAGGAUUU